AUGACGCGAAAGAAAGGCCUCUUCGGUUCAGGAUCGCGACGUUCAACUAAUUAUGUCUCCCUCCCGCCUCUCUCCCUCCCGCCUCUCUCCCUCCCGCCUCUCUCCCUCCCGCCUCUCUCCCUCCCGCCUCUCUCCCUCCCGCCUCUCUCCCGCUCGCCUCUCUCCCGCCCCUCUCACUCUCAACCCUCCGCCCCCUCUCCCCGCGGACUCAUCAAAUUUCCCCCCUUCUCCCCACCCCCUUUGCCCCCUCUCUCCACGUGCAGAAAAUUGUGUACGUGGGAGGCAGCUCGAACCGAAAAUCGUGUACGUGGGAGGCAGCUCGAACCGGUUGGUGUCCCAUGGGGUUUCGCAAUGAAGGACUGGAAGGCACCCAAGGUGCUGCCUGGCGACAGCCUAGUGCUCCAGUGGUCGGGCGAGGUGCACUCGGUGCACAAGGUCAGCGCGGCUGAGUGCGCUGCAUGCACGUUUGUCAAGGCGAAGCAGCUCGUGCGCAACCGCAACUACGGGAGCAGCUACUGGUACAAGGCGGUUGGAACGGAAAGGACUGCAGCAACACGACAGACCACUAGCCUGUUUUCGAGUGUUCCAGUGGACGGGCGAGGUGCACUCGUGUUCCAGUGGACGGGCGAGGUGCACUCGGUGCACAAGGUCAGCGCGGCUGAGUAUGCCGCAUGCACGUUUGUCAAGGCGAAGCAGCUCGCACGCAACCGCAACUACGGGAGCUACUGGUACAAGGUGAACUGGAGGGAGUACGGCAAGACCAUCUACUUCAGCAGCAAGGCCAACAAGGACUGCAGCCUCGGGAUCAAGGUGGCGUUCAGUGUCGGGUCGUAA